AUGUCAAACUUAGUGGAUGAAAAAUUUGGUACAUCUGUUAAUGAAGCGGUGCAGGCAACCGCAAAUCAAAAUAAACCAUUAUUUGUAUUAUUAACUAAAGGCGUAGAAGAUAAGGAAUCACAAGAAUUUGAAAAUAAAUAUGUUAAUGAAUCAACUAUAAAAUUAUUAGUAUCCAAUUUUGUAUUACUUAAAUUGAUUGAAGGAUCUAAAGAAUUUGGAUACUUUCUGCAGAUAUUUUCUAAUUUAGUAAUACCCAGUUUUUAUAUUGUAGAAAAGGGUAAAUUAUUAGAUGUAAUUAUUAGUGAUGUGGAAGUUUCGGAUUUCGAAUUAAGAAUAGAUAAGAUAAUCAAUUCAAGGUCUAACAGUCGGCCUUCUUCGUCUCCUCAAUUUGAACAAGAAUCAUCACCAUCAGUUGUUCAACAGCCUUCUGAGGAUGUACCAGAACAACCUCAACCCCAGUCUCAACCUCAAUCUCAACCUCAACCUGAAAUUCCUAUAGUUGAAGAAUCACAUUCAGUACUGUCAGGUUUAGAUCCAAAACGUGAACAAAGUUUAAAAGAACAUAAAAGGAAAGUUGCCUUAGCAAAGAAACAACAAAACGAAGAAAGAAAAAGACUUAGAGCCCUUUUACGAGCAGAUCAAAAGGAAAGAGAAAUCAAGAGAGUAGCAGAACAAGCUCAAUAUAAGGAACAAUCUCCAUCAUCAUCAACAAGUCAAACAGAAUCCAAUAAGGCACCACAACAUAAUCAAAACGCGUGUGCCUUGUCAAUUAAAUUAUUUGAUGGUACAUCUAUUAGGCAUGAAUUUGAAGUUACUCAAACAUUAAAUGAUGUAAGAAAUUGGUUAGAUAAAGAACUUGAAAUUAUUCCUCCAUCAAAUUCUAUGCCAUCAUUUGCUACAUCUUCAUAUCCUCAACCAACAAAUUAUGUAUUCCAUCGUCCUAUUUUACCAAGAAUUACUUAUACUGAUGAACAAGAAUUUUUAAGUUUAUUAGAAUUACAAUUAUGUCCUAGAUCGGCAUUAAUUUUAAAACCAGUAUAUGAAGAUAAAUAUUCCAAGGCAUAUUCUGAUUCUGGAUCACAAGUUGGAGUAUUAAGUAGACUUGGAGGUACAAUUGGUAAAGUAGGUCAUGCAUUAUAUUCAUUCUUUGAUUAUGGGGUUGAUAAUCAACAUGAAAUGCAACAUGAUGAAGAUCAAGAACAUGAAUCACCUGGAGCUAGAUUAUCUAGUGGAUAUUCUGCUAUUGAAAAUGAAGAUUAUCCACCUAGAUCCAAUAUAUUUUCCAUUGAUAAUACUAGAACUUCAUCAGCAUCAUUAAUAAAUUUUCAUGAUCCUACCAAUGUAUCAUUACCUGAAUCUAAUAAUCCAUCUAAUUUUACCAGUAGAGCUUCAUCACCAAAUCCUUUAGGUAGUGUACAUUCAAUGAGUAGAGUUCAAACUAUUCAUGAUGAAGAUAGAGAUAAAAAGGAUGAUACUUAUAAUGGGAAUUCAGUAAAUCUUACAGGAAAUGAAGAUGAUAAAAAAUAA